UUUCCCUCGCUCUUUUCAUCCGAAGUUCUCUAGACGUUUCUCUGUAAUCAUCUUCUUCCUUUAUCUUUCCUCUCUCUCCGAUUCAAUUCGUCGUAAAUCGGAAAUUCUUUCAACUCUUCGAAUCUCGUUAUUCUAUCUCCUCUUUUCUUUUAACCAGAACGCAUUCUCAGUCAGCUUCUCCAUUUGAUCUUUCGUCACUGCGAUUUGAAUUCUCUACCUGGUUUCUCAACACUCAUAGAUCCAUGGAAAAUUUGGGAAACGACUUCCUUGAUUACCUUGUUGAUGACUAUUACGAUGUGGCUAAUUUCGAUGACGACUCCUCUUUUGGUGAUGGCGAAACGCAGAGGAGUAGCGACGUAGAGUCUCUGGACUCUGAUUUCGAAGAUGAUUUUGAGACGCAGAGCAAGUCAAGAACUGAUACGUCUGCAUUGGAAGCUAGAAAUGGGAAAGAUAUACAAGGCAUAUCUUGGGAGAGGCUUCAUUUUACAAGGGAAAAGUGCCGUGAGACACGUUUGAAACAGUAUAAAAACUAUGAGAACCUCUCACGCCCUCGCGAAGACCUCGAAAAGGAAUGCUUGCAAGUAGAGAUGGGACAUGGUUUCUAUCACUUUCAGUUCAAUACGAGGCUGGUCAAGUCAACAAUUGUGCAUUUCCAGCUGAGAAAUUUGUUAUGGGCAACUUCAAAACAUGAUGUAUACUUAAUGCAGAACUAUUCAGUAUUGCACUGGUCUUCAUUGCUUCGAAGGAGCAAAGAAAUACUAAAUGUAGCUAAACCAGUUGUUCCCACUUUGAAACUCCCUGGACUGAUGUCUCAAUCACUUUCCAGAGUUCAGAUAAGCACCAUGGCGGUUAAAGAGAAUCUGGUUGUUGCUGGUGGUUUUCAAGGGGAACUUAUUUGCAAGUUCCUAAAUCAUCCAGAGGUUGCAUUCUGCACAAAGAUUACAGCAAAUGAGAAUGCCAUCACCAAUGCUGUGGAUAUUUAUCGAGAUUCAGUUGGUGGAGUAAGGAUCAUGGCGGCGAAUAAUGAUUGCAAAAUUAGGAUUUACGACGCCGAGAUUUUUUCUUCCCUUGGUUGUUUCUCAUUUGACUGGUCUGUAAAUAACACAUCCGUAAGUCCAGAUGGUAAGAUGCUUGCUGUUCUUGGGGACAGUCCAGAUUGCUUGAUCACUGAUGCAAAUUCUGGCCGAGGUAUCGGAUGCCUUCAAGGGCACCUAGACUAUUCAUUCAGCUCGGCAUGGCACCCAAAUGGGCAUAUCCUGGCCACAGGAAACCAAGAUACAACCUGUAGGCUAUGGGAUGUGAGGAAAAUGUCGGAGUCCAUGGCUGUUCUAAAAGGAAGGAUGGGAGCUAUAAGAGCUGUAAAAUUCACAUCGGAUGGUAGAUUUAUGGCUAUGGCUGAGCCAGCAGACUUCGUCCAUAUCUUUGAUACCCAAUCUGGCUACGUUGAAGGCCAAGAGAUUGAUAUGUUUGGAGAAAUAGCGGGCAUAUCCUUCAGCCCUGAUGCUGAGUCUCUUUUUAUUGGUGUUUCUGAUCGAACCUACGGUAGCUUAUUAGAGUUCAACAGGAGACGUGAGAAUACGUAUUUGGACUCCGUGAUUUAAUGCCUUAACCUGGAACUGUUAUUUUACCGAAGUGAAAAUGUACCUGUAAAUAACACGUCCAAGAGUUUGUAUAUGGAUUCUGUAGAGGGAAAGAAGAAAAAGAAUUCGAGCUUCGAAGAUUUCAAUGGAUGUUCAAAUUUAAGUUCUGAAACUUCUUUUCUUCUUGAAAGUAGCAAAAAUUAAUUAAUUUCUGAUGUAAAUAUAAUUUUUUUCUUUUUGGUUUUGGUCGUUGUUUAUGAUAUUGAGUUCAUUUA